AUGGGCCAAGAGAAAGCUUGGGCAACUGACUACAUUGAUAUUGGUGGUGGCAGCGGGGCAAAAAAUUCCAAAACAAAACACGCAGAAAUGGAAGCUGGCGAUGAUGAGAAAAAUAGCGGUGGUUGUAGUGGUGGUGGUGAUGCUUUUAUUGAUUGCGCGAGUGGAUCGUCUGCAUUACAUUUGCCAACUUCGGAAAGAACACCCCCUCCCUUCUUGAGGAAGGUCUUUGAAAUGGUGGAGGAUCCAGAAACAGACUCAAUCAUAGCAUGGAGUUCCACUCGCACCAGCUUUAUCAUUUGGGACACCAACAGAUUGUCCAUAGAAAUCCUCCCCACAUACUUCAAGCGCAGUAAUUUUACAAGCUUCAUUUGCCAACUCAACAACUAUGGCUUCAAAAAGAUCCAUUGGCAGCGCUGUGAAUAUGCAAAUGAAUGGUUUCAAGGAGGGAAGAAGCAUUUGCUCAAGAACAUCAAGAGGAGAAAUCAACAUUCCAACAUAACGCAACAAGGAGCACCUGAGCCCUUCCUUGACUCAGCGCAGUCUGGAAUGGAGACUCAACUAGAAAAUUUAAGGAAUGAAGAGAAUAUUUUGGAACAGGAAUUCCUGAAGCUGAAAGAACAUUACCAGAUUCUGGAAAAUCUGUUUGUCGACUUAAAAAGGCGUGUGCAAAGCAGCAAGCUCAUGCAACGAAAAAUGUUCGUUUACCUUGAGCAGUUAAUCCUGACGCUGGAUCAGAAAACAGAACUAGACAGUGGUGAAAUGGCAAAGCGAGAGACAAUGGUAGUGCCACAAAGCUGCAAAAACGCGGUAGAAACGAUGGAUACAGAUGAUACUAACAGCCAAAGUGUCCAUGGCAAGAACCAAGUUCAAGAGGAACUGACAAGAAUUCAAACAGAAGUACUAAGUACAUUCUCGGCCGUUAACAGUCCUAUUCAAGACCAAAAGGCCAAUGCAACCACAGAAACAAAUACUUCAUUUUCAAGUUGUGAUUCGGCAGUAUGGAAGAAACUGCUAGAGGAUGGUUCCAUUUGGUAA